UUUAUUAAAUAGCACUUUUGGGACAAUCAUGAACCGAAUGAUUUAGAAAUUCCAUGGACAUAACAAUAAGAACAAUAAACAUUAGGUUUUCUAAAUUGCAUGAUCUCCUAAAACACUUUAACAUCAGUCUCCAUUAAAUUCUGUGGAAUACUUUAAAAUCCCUCUUUCCUUUCCAUCAAAGAAUGGUCAUACCAACAUAUAUAUUUGUUACUUUUUCUCAAAUUAAGUUCAAAAAGUUUCUCCAUGUCCUGGGUAUAUGUAACAGCUAUAAAAAUUCCAACUUUCUUGUUUUCCUUUAAAGACCUUAAAUGUAACUUUUUGAGUUCAGGUUUUAACAGUUGUAGAAAAAAAAUUAGACUUCUUCCAGGUUGUUUCCUCUUGGGAUCAUCGCUGAAGAAGGUUGCCAAAUGUGAAUUAUUGAAACAAUAAUUCCAAUAAUUGUAACGUGAGAGAUCUUGACCCUCUGUUUAUGCUGCUAGCAUUAAGGAAGGAAAAAAACCUCUAAUUUCUCUUUUAUUGCAGCCCUGUUAUUAUGGAAAAAGCAAAAUAUGCAACAUUAUUCAACUAUAAAGGGUAUAAUUUAUCAAAAGACUUAAUGAAACAUGAUUUCCUUGAAACAGUAGAAGAUUUUGAAAUCAGGGAUAGCGAUAUAUUCAUAGACACUUAUCCGAAGUCUGGAACUGUCUGGACCCAGAAUAUUGUAUGCUUGAUUUUGUAUGAAGGCCAUCGGAAUGGAACAGAAAAUAUUUGCAUAACACAUCGGUGUGCAUUCCUAGAAUACAAGUUAUACAAUUUGAAUAUCACUCAGAUGCCAUCACCUCGUGUCAUCAUAUCCCAUCUGCCAUAUUACCUAGUUCCCAAGAAACUGAGGGCCAAAAAGGGAAAAGUUAUUUACGUGUACCGAAAUCCAAAAGACAUUUUUGUGUCCUUUUUUCAUUAUAUCAAGUCAUUCAAAGCAGAAGAUAAUUCAUGGAAUUUGGAGGAAGAAAUGCAAAGAUUUUUGUCUGGAAAUGUUGGUAGCAGUUUGGUCUUCGAUCAUGUGAAAGGCUGGUAUACACAUCAGAAUGAAUUCAAUAUUCUCUUCCUGUGCUAUGAGGAAAUGAUUCAGGAUCUCAGACGCACAGUCCUUAAAAUAUGCAAAUUUAUUGGAAAAGAGCUGAGCAGCCAGGAAGUGGACAAAGUUGUGGAGAUGUCUACAUUCAAGAACAUGAAAGCUGAUACUAGGGCAAAUUUUGUGAAAAUAUAUGAAGAGCAUUUUGGACUAUCAAACAUAAAGCAUAUACGCAAAGGAACUGUUGGAGACUGGAAGAAUUUUAUGACAGUAUCGCAAAGUGAAAGGUUUGACAAUAUUUUUCAAGCACAAAUGAAGGAUAUAUCUCUCAAAUUCAUCUGGGAUAUAAAAGAAAUACAAUCUACUCGGCAUGGGAAACUUCAGGAACCACUCCAGGAGGACAAAGAGCAGAAAUGAUGAACACAAC